UGUGAGGCACCAAUACCAUGGGCUAAAUUACCAGCACCUAUUUGCUGCGUCCCCUGCCAGAGCCUGAACUCCCCUGUUUACGGCCCUGACCUAACAUCCCAUUCUCCCCCAGCCAUGAUCCCAAAUCUGCCACUUUGAAAACCCUCAACCCGCUUUUCUCACGAGACUGUGAGGUUUCACUCGUGGAUUGGAUGGGGACGACAAAGAGGAACAUCUUUUCCUGAGUGGGAUUUAACAUCAGCUGGCUGAAACCGCCCAAGUAAGAUUACACAAGCAAAAUCAAAGGACAUUCGGCUGAAGUACCACCAUGGCUCAGGCAACUAAAGGUCCCGCAGUGAAGCCCAUCCCUCCCACUGCUGUAGACGCCCCAGCUAGGGCAGUGCACCCAGACUCACUUACAGCCCGGAGCCAUGGAAUUUUACGAAUCAUGAAUCGCCCGGCACAAUGGGUGGUCAUCAUCACACUUCUGAUCUCUUGGUCAAUAGCAGGUGUUGUCAUGUUUGACUUUGUCAGUGACGAUCAGAUAGCAAGCAUCCAAGAUUUCGGCUCUGAUCCAGUGCUAGCAGUGAACAAAGCCAUUGAAGUCAUUGAAAACAGGAUAAACCAUAUGAAUGAUAUGUUUAAUGAUGCUCAAGAGCACGUCACUGAAAUAAUAUGUAAUCCGGUGGAAGCUAUUAGUUCAGCUGCUGACUCAUCUGUGUCUUAUCUGUCAGGAAUAUUUAGUGCCGAUGGAGAUUCAGGAAUCACUGAAACAGUGAAAUAUGGGGGCACUGUAUUGGAUGAGGCUACAGAAUGGAUCAAAUCCCCAGUGAGCUACGUAUUCCACUUAUUUGAAGACAUUCUGGAUAUAGUGGUCGCUCCAGUGGAUAUGGUCAGUGAAGCUCUUGUACAAAUUUUAAGUGGGAUCAAGACUGUUAUACAGUGUAUUUCCACCAUGUUUGGGGGCAUUGAAGGGGACACAGGCAUCACUGAAACAGUGAAACUUGGUGGCACUGUAUUGGAUGAGGUUACUGACUGGAUUAGAUUCCCAGUGGCUUACUUAUUCCACUUAUUUGAAGAUAUCCUGGAUGUAGCAAUCAUUUAUCCAGCAGAUAUUGCCAGUGAAGCAGCUCUGCAAAUUUUAAGUGGGAUCAAGACCAUUUCUUCAGCCAUAUUCGGGAACCUUGAAGCUUGGUUUCCCAAAAUGAGCACUGAUCCUGCGGAGCUGGCUGAAAUAGUUGUAGAGGAGGCCGCAGAAGUAAAGACCACCGUUUCUAAUUACCUGUCCAGUCUGUUUGCAGCGGAUGAAGGUGGUAUUCCUGACCUUAGCUUUGAUCCCAUGAAAGUUGUCACAGACACUGUUGAGGAGUUUGCUGACAGGAGGGAUAUGCUCUUGGCUUAUCUCUCAAACAUGCUCAUGGAAGACAAAGAUGACACACCGCAAGUGAUAAGACGAAAAGGAGAAUUUCUGCCCCCAAUGGAAAAAGUUGCAGAAAUACUAGGCAAAACACAGGACCCUGCCUAUGCUGCCUACAUUGCUGUGAGAUCCACAGACAGUACUAAACAGGAAAUAAAAGAGGUUGAGGAGGAACACGGUGAGGUAGAAGCUGCUGAAGAUACAACUGAAAAAGCUCAAGAUAUUGUGGACAUUACAACGGAGGAAGGGAGGGUUGAAACGGCUUGGGACAGCUCUGAUGUCACAGUUGAAGACGAUGAGGCUGCCUCCAAUGUCAUGGAGGAGGAUAAAACUGCUGGAACAGUUGAAGAUAUUGCAGAUGCUACAGAGAAGGAACCUUCUGUUAUGCAAGAAGACAUAGAUGGGGAAAUAGAACCUGAAAAGUUUGAGGAUAUCUCUGAUUUUGCAGAGGACGAAUCAACUGAUAUGGCCUCUGAUGCUACAGAUGUGAAGGACAUGGAUGAUACUUCAGAUGUUGUAACAGCAGAUGAUGAAGUUACUGAAACAGUUGGAGAUAUUUUGGAUGUUACAGAGGAGGAACUUUCUGAUAUGGCAGAAGUCAUAGGUGAGGCAAAAGCAACUGAAAAGGUUGAAGAUAUCUCAGAUUUUGCAGAGGACAAAUCAACUGAAAUUACUGAAUCUGAUGCUACAGAUAUAAAAAACAUUGACGAUACCUCAGAUGUCGUUACAGAGGAAGAAGAAGUUACUGAAACAGUUGAAGAUGUAGAUGUUACAGUGGAGGAAACAUCUGAUAUUCCAGAAGUAAUAGAUGAGGAAAUAGCAACAGAAAAGUUUGAAGAUAUCUCUGAUUUUAAAGAGGACGAAUCAGCUGAAAAGACCUCUGAUGUGACCGAAGACAUUGAUGCUGUUACAGAGGAAGAAGUAGUUACUGAAACAGCUGAAGAUAUUCCAGAUGUUACAGAGGAGGAAACAUAUGACAUUCCAGAAGUCAUAGAUGAGGAAUUAGCAACUGAAAAGGCUGAUGAUAUCUUUGACUCCGUAGAGGACAAGUCAACUAUGAUAACCUCUGAUGUGACAGAAGACACUGAUUAUACCUCAGAUGUUGUUACAGAGGGAGAAGUUACUAAAUCAGUUGAAGAUAUUGCAGAUGUUACAGAGGAACCAUCUGAUAUGCCAGAAGUCAUCGACAUGGAUGAUACAUCAGAUCAAGAUACCUCUGCAGUUAUAGAGGAGAAAGAAUCAACUGAAACAAUUGAAGAAGCAGCAAUUGAAACAGCAGAAGGUACUUCCUAUGUUACAACCAAAACUGAAUUAGACAAUACAGAUGAAAAUGAAUUUCAGAAAUAUCCCAGUGUUACAGAGGAGGAGGAAGAACCUGAAAAAGUUAAAGAUACUUCUGAUUUCUUAGGUGAGGAAGAAGAACCUGAGACAGAUGAAGAUGCCAGCACUGAAGAAACAGCCGAAGAGUCACUAGAAAAAGAACAGCCACCUGAAUUGGCUGAAGCUACUCCAGAUACCAUCUGUGUAAAGGAAAAGACUGAAGCAACAGAACUUGAUGAUCUUGAAGUCCUGGGUAAGGAUGACAUGAAAGUGGAAGGCAAGGAGGAGAAGGAAGAUGUGGCAAUUGCUGAUGCUGAAAAGGGCACAAAGAACCUGGAUCUAGAUGAAGAUGAGGUUGAGGUUUUAAAAGAGGAGACUAAAGAUCAAACUAUCUUGGGAACCACUGCUGGUGAAGAUGACCAUGAUGAUGAAGAGGAGCUUGUCCUUUCUCCUGUCCAGCAGGACCUAACAAGCAGAGAUGAUGAAAAUAACAAUAACAAUGACAGGAAGAAAGAUGCCAUAAAAAGAGGCCUGAGCGGGAGAAAAACAUCAAAGAGUCAUUCCACUGAAACAGAUGACCAAGAAGCGCACACGCAUCUUCAUGAAGUUCUUGAACAAGUGAAAGAAGCCAAAGAGAAAAAAGCUAGAGAGGAGAUAUACAAAAUCAUUCAAGAUAUGAGGGAGAAGAAGGCUGAUGGUGAAGAGGAAGAGAUAACACUACAACAAAUAAACAUAACAGUAGAAAAAGUCAAGAAAAAAAAAGAACAUGAGAAAAAGGAGAUAGAAAAAGCUAAAAGAAAAGAAAAAUCCAAAGAGGACAAGACUCGAGAACCAACAAAAAAGGACACCAAGAAAAAACCUGACAAAAAGGUCAAGGUGACUAAAGUGGAUGAGGAACCUCUAAAAAAGAAGAAAUCUGGACCUGAGAAAAAGGUUAAACCAGCAAAGAAAGAUGUUGAGAUGGCCAAGGACAAAAUCAAAGCAGUACCUGUAAAGAAAGAAGCUGAAGUGGCCAAAAAAGAGACCAAACCAGCACCAUCUAAGAAAGAGCCCGAAGUUACAAAAGAAAAGGCCAAACCAGCUCGUUCAAAGAAAGAAAAAUCUGAUGUUAUCAAAGAAAAGGCAAAACCAGCUCCAAAAGAAAAGGUUGCUGAGGUUGUCAAGAAAAAAGCUAAGCCAGUAAAGAAAGAACCUGAGGUUAUUAAAGAAAAGGUCCAGCCUGCACCUUCAAAGAAAGAUACUGAAGCUACUAAGGAGAAAGUGAAACCAGCCCCAGUUAAGAAAGAGCCUGAGGUUUCCAAAGAAAAAGCCAAGCCAGAACCUUCAAAGAAAGAGGCUGAAGCUGUUGAAGAGAAGGCUGAACCAGCACCAGCUAAAAAAGAACCUGAAAUUAUUAAAGAAAAGGAGAAACCUCCAAAGAAAGAAGCUGUAAAAGAAAAGCCCAAACCUGCUUCUGUAAAGAAAGAACCUGAAGUUCCAAAAGAAAAAGCAAAACCUGAACCUACCAAAAAAGAGGCAGAAGUUGCCAAGGACAAACUUAAACCUGUCGCAGUGAAGAAAGAACCUGCUGUUGCAGUUGAAAAGGCAAAACCUAAACCUGCACCAAAGAAAGAACCUGAAGUUACCAAAGAGAAAGCCAAACCAGAACCUGCAAAGAAAGAACCUGAGAUAACCAAAGAAAAACCCAGGGCACCAAAGAAAGAGGCUAAAGUUGUCAAGGAGGAAGCUAAACCAGCUCCUGUAAAGAAAGAGGCUGAAGUCAUCAAAGAUGUUAAACCAGCCCAUGAGAAGAGAGAGGUCAUCAAGGAGAAAGUUAAACCAGCUCCUGUAAAGAAAGAGCCUGAAUUUGCUAAAGAAAAGACACCUGAAUCAAAACCCAAAAUAGAGCCUGAAGUUAUCAAAGAGAAACCAGCACCUCCAAAGAAAGCUGAGGUUCCAAAGGAAAAGGCAAAGCCAGUCCAAGAAAAGAAAGCACCUGAAAUAAUCAAAGAAAAACCAAAGCCAGCUCCAAAGAAAGAAGCUGAAGUCAUCAAAGAGAAAGUAAAACCAGCCCCUGAGAAGAAAGAGGCUGAAGUCAUUAAGGAGAAAGUAGCUCCUGUAAAGAAAGAGCCUGAAGUUGCAAUAGAAAAGGCACCUGAACCAAAACCGAAACCCACAGAGAAAGUUGAGGUUCCAAAGGAAAAGGAAAAACCAGUUUCUGAAAAGAAAGCAGCAGAACCUGAAAUAGCCAAAGAAAAACCCAAACCUGUGCCAAAGAAGGAGGCUGAAGUCAUCAAAGAGAAAGUUAAACCAGCUCCUGAGAAGAAAGAGCCUGAAGGCAUUAAGGAAAAAGUUAAACCAGCUCUUGAGAAAAAAGAGGCUGAAGUCAUCAAGGAGAAAGUUCAGCCAGCUCCUGUAAAGAAAGAGCCUGAAGUUACUAAAGAGAAAGCUAAACGGACCCCUGGGAAGAAAGAGGCUGAAGUCAUCAAGGAGAAAAUUAAACCAGCCUCUGUAAAGAAAGAACUUGAGAUCAUUAAAGUAAAACCCAAGCCAGCACCAAAGAAAGAGGCUGAAGUCAUCAAAGAGAAAGCUAAACCAGCCCCUGAAAAGAAAGAGGCUGAAGUUAAGGAGAAAGCUAAACCAGCUACUGUAAAGAAAGAGCCUGAAGUUGCUAAAGAAAAGGCUCCUGAACCCAAACCCAAAAAAGAACCUGAAGCUGUUAAAGAGAAAGCUAAACCAGUACCUAAGUUGAAAGAAGCUGAUGUCAUCAAGGAAAAAUCUAAACCAGCCGCUGAGAAGAAAGAGGCUGAAGUCAUCAAGGAGAAAGCUAAACCAGCUCCUGUAAAGAAAGAGCCUGAUGCUGUUAAAGAAAAGGCUUCAGAACCAAAACCCAAAAUAGAGGCUGAAGUCAUCAAAGAGAAAGCUAAACCUGUCCCUAAGAAGAAAGAGGCAGAAAUUAUUGAGGAGAAAAUUAAACCAGCUCCUAUAAAGAAAGAGCCAGAGGUUCCUAAAGAAAAGGAACUUGAACCAACACCAGAACCUGCAAAGAGAGUUGAAGCUCCAAAGGAAAGGGCGAAACUAGUCCCUAAAGAAAAAGCACCUGAGAUAACUAAAGAAAAACCAAAACCAGCACUAAAGAAAGAGCCUGAAGUCAAGGAAAAGGCUAAACCAGCCCCUGAGAAGAAAGAGGCUGAAGUCAUCAAGGAGAAAGUUAAACCAGCUCCUGUAAAGAAAGAGCCUGAAGUUCCUAAAGAAAAAGCUCCUGAACCAAAACUCAAAAGAGUACCUGAAGUCAUCAAAGAGAAAGUAAAACCAGCCCCUGAAAAGAAAGAGGCUGAAGUCAAGGAGAAAGCUAAACCAGCCCCUGAGAAGAAAGAGGCUGAAGUCAUCAAGGAGAAAGUUAAACCAGCUCCUGUAAAGAAAGAGCCUGAAGUUCCUAAAGAAAAGGCUCCUGAACCAAAACCCAAAAAAGAAGUAGAAGUCAUCAAAGAGAAAGUAAAACCAGCCCCUGAGAAGAAAGAGGCUGAAGUCAUCAAGGAAAAAGUUAAACCAGCUCCUGUAAAGAAAGAGCCUGACGUUCCUAAAGAGAAGGGACCUGAACCAAAACCCAAAAGAGAAGUCAUCAAGGAGAAACCUAAACCAGUGCCUGAAAAGAAAGAGGCUGAAGUCAUCAAGGAGAAAGUUAAACCAGCUCCUGUUAAGAAAGAAGUCAUCAAGGAGAAACCUAAACCAGUGCCUGAAAAGAAAGAGGCUGACGUCAUCAAGGAGAAAGUUAAACCAGCUCCUGUAAAGAAAGAAGUCAUCAAAGAGAAACCUAAACCAGCACCUGAAAAGAAAGAGACUGAAGUCAUCAAGGAGAAAGUUAAACCAGCUCCUGUAAAGAAAGAAGUCAUCAAGGAGAAACCUAAACCAGUGCCUGAAAAGAAAGAGGCCGAAGUCAUCAAGGAGAAAGUUAAACCAGCCCCUGUUAAGAAAGAAGUCAUCAAGGAGAAACCUAAAACAGUGACUGAAAAGAAAGAAGCUGACGUCAUCAAGGAGAAAGUUAAACCGGCUCCUGUAAAGAAAGGGCCUGAAGUUGCUAAAGAAAAGGUACCUGAACCAGCACCAAGAAUAGCACCUGAGAUAACCAAAGAAAAGCCAAAGGCAGCACCAAAGAAAGAGGCCGAAGUCGUCAAAGAGAAAGCUAAACCAUCUCCUGAGAAGAAAGAAGCUGAAGUCAUCAAAAAGAAAGUUAAACCAACUCCUGUAAAGAAAGAGCCCGAAGUUGCUAAAGAAAAGGCACCUGAACCGGCACCAAAAAUAGCACAUGAGAUAGUCAAAGAAAAGCCAAAGCCAGCACCAAAGAAAGAGGCUGAAGUCAUCAAAGAGAAACCUAAACCAGUUCCUGAGAAGAAAGAGGCUAAAGUCAUCAAGGAGAAAGUUAAGCCAACUCCUGUAAAGAAAGAGCCUGAAGUUCAUAAAGAAAAGGCAAAGCCAGCACCAAAGAAAGAAGCUGUAGCCAUCAAAGAAGAAGCUAAAGCAGCCCCCGUGAAGGAAGAGGCUGAAAUUUUCAAAGAGAAAGCUAAAGCAACCCCUGUGAAGAAAGAGGCUGAAGUCAUCGAGGAGAAAGCUAAACCAGCUCCUGAGAAGAAAGUGUCUGAAGUCUUCAAGGAGAAAGUUAAGCAAGCGCCUCUAAAGCAAGAGCCUGAAGUCUCAAAAGAAAAGUUAUUAGAGCCAACACCUAAAAAAAAAGAUGAUGUUGGUCUUAUUGGUUUGGACUUGGAACUCCUGAACUCUAUCAACCAAAAACUGUCUCUUCUGGACUUACUGAGGAAGGACAUUGGUGAAAUGAAGAGUGAUCUGGAGUCCACUCAAAAUCAAAUCACACUUUUACGGAUGGACAACAGAACAAUCAAAGAGCCAGAGACUGUAAAGGUGAAAGCAGCGGUGUCCAAGGAAAAGCUGAAAACAGCAAAAAAAGACCGUGAUGCUCUGAUGAACGUUACUAAGACAGCACAUAUUAAAACAGAACGUGAUGCACUAAAAAACAUCACUAAACCAGCACCUGCAAAGAAAGAUAAAGAGGCUCCAAAAGCUAAGAUCAGACCAGAGCCCAAAAAGAAAGAAAUCACCCGUGAGAAGGUCAAAGAAGAAAAGGAACCUUUAAAGAAAGAACCUGAGCAGGUCAAAGAAAGAGUAGUCGAGCCAACUGAGAAGGAACCUGUUGUGGCCAAGGGAGUAAAAAGAGAAGAACCUGAUGUCACCAAAGAUAUUCCAGAGAUAGAGGAGGAGGACGUUCCCUACUUCCAGUGUUUCUUUGUGGAUGAGGAUGAUACUCAGUAUCCGUUCUUCCCCUUUUCACCACCGCUGUGGUGAGUCCAGACAAACCUCGCAGUCUGCUGUUAAACAACAUGGCAAAGCCAGUGAAGACGGACCUGUGAACGCUGAGGAACCUGAUGCUCUGAUGCAGUGGAGAGCUUCACAGUAGGUCCUACAGCAUUACACCAGCAACGACUUCCUGGAUUUUAAAACUGGAAAACGUCCUUCUCAAAUAAUUUGUCAUUUUGAAGGACAGAGGUUGCAAAUGUUGCACUAUUUAUUAUAUAAUCUUAAGGCUAUCCCUCUUUUUAUUAAUAUAAUGGAUUUGCCUUUUGUUUCAGAAUGAUUAAUAUCUAUUUAUGUCCAAGAAGGAAUGUGAGUAUAGUUUGUCCAGACAGCGCUGACUUGAAGUAAUGUAAGAACUAACUUCCUUUCUGAACACUGCAGUGGGUUCAGGAUCGUAAUAUUUUAUACAUACAAGGUACAUAACCUCAUUUUGAUGGGGUGCUAAUUCAAAGCAUUCCACUGUGUUUUCUGUCAGAAUGGGGUUUGAAAGUUGUUCACUGUUCGCACAACUGGAAGGGAGGAUAUAAUUAAUCAAGAAAUAAGUAAACAACGAUUUCAUGUAUCUUUUCUUAGUAAAACUGUUUACUAAACCGUUUACAGAAGUAACAACUGCACUGAGAAAUAAGAGCUUUCCACCGUAAGCUCAGUUCCUCUGAAUGUAUACAUUUUAUUUAUUUUUAUUUUAUUUUUGUUUUAUUUCUCUCCUUUUUUUUAGCUUUCCAUACAUUUUAUUUCAUAUAACUUGUCAAACUUUUUAUAAAUCACAGAGGAAACGAAUAUGUUUUAUUCAGUGCUCUUUAUAAAUGAGCACACUGGAUUUUGCAUAACAAAAUGAAACUAAAAUGUGGUGCUAAAUCCAAGAAAAUGCAUUAAACAUCAAUGCAACUGCAUUGUUUUAAUAUAUUACAUUGCAAACCCUACCAGUGUACUGUUUUUGAAUUUCUCCGCAUAACAAUAGUUUAUGUACGAUAAUGUCUGUAAAAAUGUGGAUGUGUUUUUGCAAUAUUACAUGGAUAGUCCUACCUAACAUAGAGCAGCCAAUUAAAUGGCAUUCUGAAUUGUCUAUUGCACAUUAUACUCAUACAGAAGAUAAAAUUAUGUGCCAGAUGAAAGGUAUUGCAUGCAACAACAGUGUUUCUCAGCACUGCCCCUAGUGGCUCGCUGGCUCAUUACUUCAUUACUUGAUUUAAUGAUGUUAGUGAGUGUUUAAUGGUGUGUACUAGUGAGACACACCAUUAAACUAGUGUGCCGGUGGGCCGCCCCGGAGACAUUUCUUUUACUGCCGCUGUCUUUUCUGCAGGAGUUCAGCAUGUGGCUCCAUUGAGGAUAAACUCAUGUCUGUACAAAGAGCUUUUUUUCUCUGAUGUACAGUAACUUAGGGUGACUGUAGAUUCUAUUUUCCCCAGACAUGUCCUGGCCAGGAUUUCUAAAUGGCCUAAAAUGUCUGAGUUUUGGCUUUGUUUUUGUACUUGCUGAAGGUAAUGACUGAAAAGUAGUUUGUGCAGGCAUUGUGCUUAAUUGACCAAUUGUGGCGUGCAAGAAGGUGGGAUGCAGAGAACGGUCAAAGCAAUGCAAAUACAUGUACAUAUAAUGUAUGAGGACUGUAAAUAGCAUGUCAGUAAG